CUCGUAGUCUGGUUAAACAUCACACAAGUCGGUUACAAAGUCGUCCGCACACACCCACAGUGAACUUAUUCAUACCCCGGAACUCACGCCCAGCAUGCGCAGUCUUUUCGCCUCCGCAAUGAUGACGCUCGUUGCGACAGCUCGAGCAGCUGGCGCGAGACCGUGCUCUCAAUUCUCGCCCAGCCCAGUCCCGGUCUCAGGACUGACCGCCUACUUCCCACGACAGAAGAUCAGUACAUUCGCAGCCUUGGCCGACAUAGACGAGAUACGCCAGACGCUCGCCCAGUACGCCUUCAUCAUCGACGGGCGCGACUUUGGCGCACUGGCCGACGUCUUCAUCACAGACGCCGUCGCCAAUUACUCCGCGCCACUGGGCGUUCUGAACGGCCUUGCUUCAAUUGAAUCGACACUGUCUGCUUCCCUUUCACAGUUCCCCGGAACCCAGCAUCACCUCGGCACCCAAAGAAUCCGGCUUUGCGACAAGGAAACUGCAAUCAGCGCGACGUACUUCCGGGCUGCGCACUAUCUGCAACAGAAUGCCACAGGAGGGGCGACGCAAAUCAUCGAUGACUCAGGCUUUUUGGUAGCGUACUCGCAGUAUCAGGAUUCCUGGGUGAAGCAAAAUGGAACCUGGAAGAUUUCGUACCGGAACAACGUAUACAUGGGGCCGUUGGUCACUGACUUCAGCUGAAACUUCCACAUGUCCGUGGAGAGACUGUUACCUUUUGAGCGCGAUGCGUGGAGAAAAUACCGAAGGCCGCUUCAGUUCUUAGUAACAUAUGUACGCGUGAUGGUCCGAACCUUUCUUCCACAGGUUUGCCAGCUAAGCGUGGUGGUUGUCAUGGAACAAAGCCGCAACAAAAACACAGCAAGCACCUUCCAUACAUGACAAUGCGAUUGCUUUGUCUGAUAUCUCCCAAGUGUGCGAAAGCGUCGUACUCGUGAUGUCGCCGCCUCACUCAGUCCAACCGUCCUCCCAGUCCAAAUCCAAACAGCACACAUCGUCGUCUGAAAGUCUCAACAGUGCAUCUCCCGCUGAAUCGCCCCACACUCCAGCGCAAAACAGCACAGCAAUGCUGAUCCGAACGCGACGUAGAUUGCACGAUGCGAGUGCACCCACCCCAACUCCCAGCAUGUCCUCGCAAGCCUCACCACCCAUCGACUUGCCUA